GGUGAGUCGACCAUUUGCAUCGUGCAUGCAUUUUUCUAUUGAUAUUAUUACGUUUUUCAACGCAACUAAAUGAUUUGAAAUUUGCAUAUGUGUUCCUUGAGCCAAUAUAUACUAACAUGACUUAGUUUUUUUGGUCAAAAUCCUGCGCUAAGAAGUUGAAACUUAAUUAAAAAUAUACGACCUUCACCUUUACUUCAACUGAUUUCUCUAUGUCAACGUAGUGCGCCAGAGUAAUACAGCAUGACACCAGAUUUAUUUUGAAACUUGGAUCAGCAAGGCUUGGUAAGUAUGGGUUGAUCGUUGGACGUGUGCUGAACCUUUUGUGUAAUAUUUGAUCACAGUAUGGCCAGAUACUCAGGGAAAACGUGUCGUCUGCUGACCAUGCUGUCCAUGACGGCCUCAUUCUUCCUGGUGGAGAUCAUCGUGGGCUACAUCACUAACUCCAUCGCUCUGGUAGCCGACUCCUUUCACAUGCUGUCUGACGUGGUGGCACUCAUUGUAGGCUUUGCCUCAGUUAGGAUUUCAAAAUGGCAAACAGAGAAAAAUACCUUUGGUUGGAUUCGAGCGGAAGUUCUUGGUGCCUUAGUGAAUGCUGUCUUCCUAGUGGCUCUUUGUUUUUCCAUCUUGGUGGAAGCUCUGAAGCGAUUGGUCGAAUUUGAGGAAGUGAACAAUCCUAAGCUCCUCCUCAUUGUGGGCGGGGCGGGACUUGCUGUCAAUAUCAUUGGAUUGUGUCUCUUUCAUGAUCAUGGUCACAGUCAUGGAGGAGGAGGAGGAGGUCAUGGUCACAGCCAUGGGAAAGGUCAUGGCCACAGUCAUGGGGGUGAGGCUGAGAAAUUGGACCAUAGUGAUCAUGAAGAAAGCAAGGAAUUGGUCGAGAGGACAACCACCAAUGGAACAGUCAAAUUGGAACUAGAUAACCCAAAAGUUGAUAUUGAGUUGAAGAAGAGAAUGUCCUCUAGUUCCCAGCUGAACAUGAGGGGGGUAUUUCUACAUGUCUUGGGGGAUGCCUUGGGCUCCGUCAUUGUCAUAAUCAGCGCCCUCAUCAUCUGGUUGUGUGAGGGAGACUGGAGGUUCUACGUAGACCCUGCCAUGAGCAUAAUGAUGGUCAUGAUUAUUCUAGGAACAACUGCUCCUCUUUUGAAAGAAUCGGGUUUUAUUCUGCUACAGACUGUUCCAUCUCAUAUUAGUCUCGAUGGAAUCAAAGAAAAAUUAUCAAAGGUAGAAGGGGUACUAGCUGUUCAUGAACUCCAUAUAUGGCAAUUAGCAGGCAGUAGGAUCAUAGCAUCAGCUCAUAUAACGUGUAAAAAUCUACAUGAUUACAUCACUAUAUCAGAGACCGUCAAGGAGAUUUUCCAUAAUGAAGGAAUCCAUUCCACUACAAUCCAACCAGAGUUUAUACAGAAGCCACUUGAGAAUGGAAUACAGAGACAGACCUCUCAGCGGGACUGCAUUCUAGAAUGUGGACCAGACAAAAACUGCUACACAGACACGUGUUGUGGACAGAAAAGACAUGAUUCUAAAAAGGGUAAAAACGGGGGUGAAGGACUAACGCGGGAGGGAAGUGAAAAGGGCAUGAAGAGGAGCAAGUCCGAGCCUAGAACUGAACCGGUAGAGGAAGUCUAGUGCUAGAGGGUUUUAUGGACUCAUAGUGCCAAAGGCACAUCAGGGAUGAUAUUCCAAAAAACAGUGUAUUUUUUGUGAUUAUCAUGUGAUACGUUUUACACAAAAUAAUUUUUUGUGCAAUAAGGUUUAAAGCAUUUUCAUAUUCAUUGCCCAAGGCUUUGACAGGGGGGUGUCAUCUUGCCAGUGCGUGCAUAGAGACAGAGUGCAUUAGGGUCUUUAAGGCGUUUUACUCAAGGUACAGUUUACACAUGCUGAAAUCAUGAAUAAUAUUGGUUUGAGUGUCUGUUUUUUGUAAUGCCUCUUUGUAUUUUAUCAGAGAGAUAUAUUUUACAGACUUUUCAGGGCUGUUUGUCCUCUAAAACCUGUAUAAGAAAUACUUUUAUCAAUUUUUUUAAGAGUUUGUAGAUAGUAGUUGGAUAUAGAACUGAUUUCAAUAGACCUAACGGAUUACGCUGUUUGUGACGUGCUAAUGCUAUGCUUGUGGAGAGGUUUAAAUACUACGUCACAUUGUCACCACAUCAAAGGAAGUAGCCGAGAUCGCUUCUCUCCCACGCUAAAGUCGGUUAGCUGCAACAUACAGCUCGUUUGUUGGGUAAAAGAAGUGGAGUAAACAGUCCCAAUCUCGUUUUCUUGAAUAUUACCAACAUAGUUAAAUGUCUUUAAAACUUGAAUUAAUCAAUGAAAGCAUUUUCUGAUUUUUUUUCAGUCCAUUACGAAUAUUUAAAUUGG